AUGCUAAACAAUAUCAUUAAUCAUUCUCAUCUCUUCACAAUCCAUAUUCUGAUAUUUUUCUUGUUGUUCGAUAGCUACACCACCUCUGCUGCUGGAAAUGGAAGUUCCGAAGGGGCACAGCCUUCGAGUUCGACCAUCCCUAUCGGUGUAGUUCUCGACACGAACUCGCCUAUGGGAUCCAUGGUGGAUCUGUGCAUGAAAAUGGCGGUCGAAGAUUUUUACAAAAAACAUCCAAAUUAUGCAACGAGGUUGCAAUUGCACACUAGAAAUGCACAGACUAUACUUGAUGCUAACUUUGCAGUUAUAGAGCUACUGAAGCAAGAGGUCGUGCAAGGAAUCAUAGCACCAGAAAGAUCAGCAGAAGAUGCCUUCUUUGCAGAACUCGGCCAAAAUGCCCGCGUUCCGAUGAUCUCCUUCACUUCAAGUAGCAAGGCCACUUCCUAUACAGACAACCACUACCUGGUGAGGUCCACCCCUGACGACGCUGUGCAAGCACAAGCUCUUGCAGCCGUAUGCAAGGAGUUCCACUGGUCGAAUUUGGCUGUUUUGUAUGAAGACACAGACUAUGGCAGUCAGUUUGUGUCUCUUUUAAACAAGGAAUUCCAAAAGGCUGAUAUUGGACUCUCAUACAUGGUGGCUAUCCCGAAUUCAGCUGAUGACAUCGAUAUCUUGAAAGAACUCAACAAGUUAGCAAAGAGGCAGACACGUGUGUUCUUGGUGAUCAUGAACGUCUAUCUUGGAAACCGGUUAUUCCCUCUUGCUAAAAGAGCAGGGGUCAUGAGUGAAGGUUAUGCAUGGAUCGUCUCGAAUAGUCUAUCAGUUUUCAUGGAUUCCAUGGAUUUGGCUACCCAUGAUUCUAUGGAAGGAGUUAUCGGCAUUAGACCUUACUUGUCAUGCUCAAAUGAUCUUGAUAGUUUCCGAGGAAGAUGGAAAAGAAAUGUAAGUUUGAGCAGUGGCUCAGUUAUGGAACUAAAUGCCUAUGGUCUGUGGGCUUACGAUGCGGUCACUGCAUUAGCAUAUGCAGUGGAAAAGAUAAAUUCUUCCAUGUUGAAUAUCAGUGCAACCACACAAAAAAAUUUGAGUGUCUCAACAUUUGGGCCUGAACUUGUUAAGAAACUGUCAAACAUCAAAUUUAGAGGUUUGAGUGGGGAGUUUGAACUGGUUGAUGGGAAGCUUAAGGCGUCCGAAUUUGAGAUAUUCAAUGUGAUUGGGAGUGGUGAGAAAAUUGUAGGAUUUUGGAUGCCAGACAGAGGAAUAGUAAGAGAUAUUAGCACACGUUACUCGGAUGGGCUCAAAAGUAUUGUGUGGCCGGGAGAUUCUCUUACACGACCAGUCGGUUGGGCUAUUCCUUCGUCUGGGAAACUUAGAGUUGGAAUUCCUUGGAAGCAUGGAUUCGAAGAAUUUGUUCAUGCAACAGAUCUUGGAGAUGGCCAUGUUAAAGCAUCUGGAUUUUCUAUAGAUAUAUUCUUGGCUACCCUAGAGGCGCUACCUUUUCGCCUCAAUUAUGAGUUUCGUAUCUACAAUGAUACCCGAGAUAUCAACUGGAGCUACGACGACAUGCUACGAAAGAUACCUGAGGAAUUCGAUAUGGUGGUGGGAGACACAACGAAUUGGGCUCCGAGGGCAGAGUAUGUUGAUUUCUCACUCCCAUAUUCUGAAUCAGGAGUUGUGCUAGUGGUCAAAAACAGGAAGCCGUUCGACAUGUGGAUUUUCGUUAAGCCCUUAAAUUGGGAUCUAUGGUUGGCGAUCAUCGUGUCGUGUGUUGUGAUGGGAAUAGUUCUUCUCGUAUUGGAACACCGUGUUGCUAGUAGUGAAGUGGAUUCCACAAUGGCGCCCAAGGAGAAGUCUGGAAUGGUUUACUGGUCUCCCGUGGCGGUCCUUGCUUUCCCUGAAAGAAACAUGGUGUCAAAUGGCUGGUCUGCUCUGGUUUUAGUAUUUUGGUUGUUCAUGGCGUUCAUACUAAUGCAGAGCUACACGGCGAACUUGUCAGCCAUCCUGACUGUCGAUCAACUGAAGUUCGCGUUUUCAGACAAUUACUACGUCGGAUGCCAGGACGGAUCCUUCAUGAAAAAAUUCCUGGUAGAUCGAUUACACAUUAGUGCUUCAAGGCUGAGGAGUUACGCCUCAGCGGAAGAAUACCAUCAAGCGAUGACGUUGGGAAGCAAGAACGGAGGCGUGGACGCCAUAUUCGAUGAAAUCCCUUACAUGAAAAUUCUUCUCAACAAAUACGACGACCAAUACAAAAUGGCCGGACCAACAUACCGGACCGGUGGAUUCGGCUUUGCAUUUCCGAAGGGCUCUUCUUUGGCUGCUCAUUUCUCAAGGGCCAUCUUGGAUGUUACUCAAGGCUCAAACAUGACAGAGAUAGAGCAAACGAAUUUCGGCCCCGGAUACUCCUCCCAGGAUCCGCUUUCUGCGACGAUCUCACAAGGAACCUCGAGGCUUACUUUCUACGAGUUUGCAGGGCUGUUCCUCGUGAUAGGGUCAGUAACGGUAUUAGCUCUGUUUUGCUCGGAAACACGAAUUGGACGAAAAAUGACCACAAAUGCUAGACAGUUUGUGCAUAACUGCAUCAACUUUAGGAGCUCUUCAAGACUUAAUCCUGUUGUGGAUUCUACUAGUGUUGCCGGAGAAUCGACAGAAGGCGUGGCGGAGGAUGUUCAUGAACCGGUGCAAGAUAAUGUGGCUAGUCAUCCUUCACCUCAACAUGGGGAGGUAGAAAUGCAUGAAAUAGCCCUCAUUGAUAAUGUUCUUGCUGCUCAAAAGUCUGGAGAAAUAAGUCAUCGUAAUGGGGAGAAUAAUCAAAGUGUAUAAACAUUUCGAUCGUCGUUAUGAAUUUGUAUUUAAUAUGUUGUAGCAUAACAAAAACAGUGGAAAAUCAAAAUGUAACUAUAUGUUUGUAACUGUACCAUAAUAUUUACUAAUUUAAUUCCUUGUUACUCUUUUGUUUC